AUGCGCUACCGGUUUUUGCAGCGAUGCUCCAAAACUUCCUACAUUGCAGCUGCAGUGACUCUUCUAGUCUUCUGUUAUUUGAAAUUCGGAUUGAACGGACCUGAUCUUGGCAGCGACAAUGAAGAUGACCCUUCGGUUUAUAAUGACUUUUUAUCAAAAUGAUGAUUUUAUGUGAUAAAAAACCGUUCAGAUAAAUUUUCCUAUCGCCAGAGUAGAAGCCACUCGUUCGCUGAACGUAGCAAUCGUGAUAAUCGUUGGAGAUAUUCAGAAAGCUCGGCAUGACUACAGGUAGAAAGAGGAUUUUUGAGAAUAAUUGCUCAAAGAGUCACUUUCAGAGUUGCCAUCAACACCUUGGAAUGUUACGCAGCCAUGCAUAACUAUCCCCUUAAAAUAUUGUCAACUGAAAGUUUCUCAGAAGUUUGUUCUCAAAAAGAUGUGAGUCUUGGAACACCCUGAAUGUGUAGCGGAUUGAAGUUCAUGUUCCGAAGGCAUUGUGUCGUGGCAGAAGUGUUGAAAGAAUCCGAGUGGGUCCUUUUCAUCGACGCUGAUUCCGCUGUCGUCAACCCUGAAAUGUUCGUGAGAGCUUCAGCCUCAUCGAGCAGUACAUUUUCAGCCUUAUCGAGCAGUACAUUGAUCCAAGAUACGACAUCACGCUCUAUGACCGAUUUGUUAAUUGGGAGGUGGGUUUCUUUUACUUUUACUAGAGCUCUAAAUUGAUGAACUAAACUGAAAUUGAUCAACUUCUUUCAGAUAGCGGCUGGAUCCUACAUCGUUCGGAACACACCUUGGGCUAUCAACUUUCUGAAAGAGUUUGCAGACUUUGAGAAAAAACUGCCAGAGAGUUUCCAUGGCACGGAUAACGGCGCUGUUCAUGUUUCGAAAAGCUCGAGGAAGAAAUUAAAAAGCAAAUUCAGGCUUUCCUUCAACAAAAUUUCAUGCCUAGUCUGAAAGAACAUGCCAGAGUCUGCAUGCGAAUUUGGGAGAACUCCCAGAGUUUCAAAACGCUUUUCCUGUACGAGGCUUGCAUUCGAUCAGUAAUGGGUGACGUUCGCGACCUCGGUAAAGUUCGAAUUCUCGAAAAGGUGGGUCCGAUUAAAUGCUCCGCCUAACUUCUUUGCUAGUUUAGGGACGCGGAUGGCUGCGAGACGUUUGGUUGGCCGACAGCCAAUGGAGCGCUGAGCGGGAUUUCAUCCUUCACGGUCUCAAAGAGGAAAACCUCGUCAAAAACAGCAAUAUCUUCCGAAAUAUGUUGGCUUUCCGUUCUUCAAAGAAAUAUUUUCUGAGAUUUUCAGACUUAUACCUCAGUUCAGCUGGAGGAACCCCCUCAAAGAAAAUCUGAAUAUAAACGGUACUUGAGAUUUUUUUAUUCUUCAAAUUAAUAUCCAUUCGUUCAGAGUGUGCUAGGCGGACGCAGAUUUGGCCGUAUGAAGAGUCUUUACGCGUCAGCCGAGAGAUCGUUGAGGAUCAUAUGAGAAAAAGAUUCGUCCAAGUUGAGAAAGACCGCUGGAACACUCUAUCCAACGUGGCCCGAUUUAUAUGA